CCACGAAAUAACCCAAAAACAACACAACUAUGUAGAUGGAAUUACAACACUUCUUUUUAUUGGUUCCUCAAGCUCAUUCAUCUAGUAAUACGCAUUAGUCAAAAGUUAUAAGAAAGAGGAAUGGGAUGGAAAACAACGAACAUGAAUGAUCACAAAAUACAACCUUCAACAGCACAAAGACUACACAUCACGUACAUGUUCAAUGACAAUUGCUCAAAAUGAGGAAAUCAUUAAUACCGACCUUACACAAGAUAUGAAGAAGAUGAUAUUGAGAGGGGCAAUUGGGUUUAACCACCAAUUGCCACUUUCAAACCUCACAAGUAAAAAAAAAACUCAAUCAACUCCACCAUUGAUGCACUGCAACUCCCUCCUCUCUCAACCGUCCAUGUAAUUCCAAGCAUUGCCAAUAAGCCCUCUGCCUCGGCCACUUCCCCUCUUCUUCAGCGCCUUCGUCCCACUGGAAUUUGCACUCUAAAAACAACUCAUCUAUCAGGCAAAUUGUAUGUUUCCUCACCAACUCCUCUACCACUUUCUCUUCUGCCUUCAUCACAACAUAAUCCUCCUCCUUCACAGUGUUUCUCAACCAACUAGACACCCCAUAUCCUUCUUCCUUAGAACCAUCAACAGUUCUAACAUCAAUCCCGUAAAAAUCGAAUCGUUGACCCUUUAGAGGGUAAUUCUUGACAAACCAUUCUUCUACACCAUUCCUAUCAUCAGAAAUGAAAACCCUUCGCGGGUAAUUCUCUAGGGAGUCUCCCAUCAAAUCAGGAAGGAACUUCAUUUUUGCCAUGCUUGAUUUUGCCAAUACCUUUCUGGGUGGUUCCAGCAACACGUCCUCCAAGUCUUUCAAUGCUGCUUUCUUAGCCUCCGGGGUGCUCCCACAAACUAGAUGUGUUUUUCUUGAAUUUCUGGCGACUCCAUUUUUCUUCAUUGCCACUAUCGUGCUCUCAAAUUGCCGGAGGUACACGAUCCUAUAGUCUGUAGGGUGCAAUAGCUCAUCAGAGGGCUCAUUGCUCAAUGGGAUGAUCAUAAUCCCCCCAGUCUUGAGAAUUCGGUCAAUAAACUUGACAUUGCGGAAGCUUGAUCCAAUUGCGAAAUCAAAGGACUCUUUCGGAACGGAUUUUACUGGGUCUGAAUCAGACUCAAUCACCCAUUCUAUUUCUUUUUCGUUCAAGAAUUCCAAAUCCAAAUCUUCAAACAAAUCACCAUAGCCAGAACUCACAAUGAGGCCCUUGUGGCCCUUACGGAGAAGCCCCUCGUCUGUCAAAUCUCGGAAAAGACUAGGCAGCAUGGAGAAAUCGCCCCAAUCAGGACUUAAAUCAUAAGAAUCAUUGGGAGCAUUAUGCGAACCUCUCAUCACCGACCCAAACAAAGUCAGAGUGAUUAGAACCACAGCUACGAACAGGGAGCGAGACAUUAUUCGCAGAACCCGGGAAUCCGGGAGUUUGAUUAUCAACAGGGCAUCUGGGUUCACCGCUAUGCCAACCCCAUAAAAGCCAUUAGUUCUCGGCUUCAUGAAGCGGCGACUGCUGAAGCGGCAUCUACGAGCCAAAUCCAUUCUCAGAGACAAUAAAUCAAAUGCUUCAGCUACACUCAGCCAGGAAGCAACAGAUCGGCAAAAGAAGAUUUUUUUUAUUCGCCAAUCUGGAAAUUCGGAUCUGUAGAGCCUACGGUAACUUGGACUGUCCACGCAGAGAGAUAGAGAGAGAGAGAGAGGAGAGGAGAGAAGCUAUCCAACAAUGGCGAAUGAGGAAUGUCAAAGAAGAAGAUUUAGCGAGAGCAAAACCUGGCAGCGGUGUGGUUUCCACCCACGAGGGCAACACGGGUGCAUCUAACAAUGCUCCAAAGGGAAAACAGUUCCCUGAUUCUGGCAAACUCCAUGCCUACCCUCUCUUCCCCCCAACUCCAAAUGAUCAUGCGAAUUUCACAUGGUUAGGCAGAGCGUGAAGUAGAUUGGAAACAGUUGAUCU